AGAUUGAAACUUUAUAGACUUUUUCAACAAAUCCAUCAAUUUUAAAUAAACCCAUCAAAGAUAUUGGAUCUUGAUCACUAAAAAUCUUGAAAUUCCUGUUUCGAAUUAAAAGAGAAAAAAAAUGCACGAUUUUUGCUUUACAAUCCCAUAUGGGUUGAUAGUGUUGUGUGGUGGGAUAAUUGGGUUUGUAAGAAAAGGCAGUACGACGUCGUUGGCUGGUGGUGUGGGCACUGGAUUGGCUUUAUUUUUCGCUUCUUAUCUCACCCUUAAUGCCUUUCAUAAGAGGAAGAAUUCAUGGUUUGGACUGAUUCUUGAAACUGUUAUUGCUGCUACUCUCACAUGGGUUAUGGGACAAAGAUAUGCUGAAACUGCUAAGAUUAUGCCUGCUGGUGUUGUUGCUGGUAUCAGUGGUGUGAUGACAGCAUUUUAUCUUUACAAGAUUGCGACUGGAGGCAACCAUUUUCCGACCAAGACUGAAUGAGGAGUGCAUUAGUUUGAUUCCACAUGUAGUAUGUGUAAAGUGCAUGUAUUCUGAAGACAAGUGUACCUGUUGUUGUGAUGAUGUUUUCAUGAAAAGAAAAUUGUUGUGCUUCUGGGUUUGCAUAUUAUCCAUUAGAAAGCUUUUCACUA